CGGUAAGUCAGUCCAUUUUCAUGAGUUGUCACUUUACAUAGUGUAGUGCGGUUCUCCUAACUAACGAAAACAUUUCUAGAAAAUUAGUACCUUUCUUAACUGAAACGUUUCCUUGGGGACCUAGUGCAACAUGGCUUUAGAUGUUCUGGGUUAUAUCUAUGCUGCUACAGUUGCAGCAGGCGGAGUUAUGGGUUAUGUAAAGGCCGGGUCAAUUCCGUCACUGGGCGCUGGCUUGGCUUUUGGUGCUAUCCUGGGCGUCGGAGCUCAUUUCAAUUCGCAGAACCCUCCGAAGCCAUUACUACAGUUUGGAACGUCCUUAGUAUUGGCUGGGAUCAUGGGCUCGCGUUGGUCAAAGUCUGGCAAGAUGAUGCCAGCGGGACUUAUCUGCGUGCUUUCCUGCGCUGCUCUUAUCAGAAAUGUUUUCGUUUACAAUAAGUACUUACCAAUACCCGGCAGGCAGUAGAUUAAGCAAGAUUGGUUGUUGUUUUUAUACGAAUAAAUCGUUGGGGUCUAGAAAUGCGUA